AUACAAGAAAAGUAAAAAGAUUUCGACAAGUGGGUAUGGUGAGAGAUGAAGUAAAAAAGAUUUAUUUAAACAUUACAUAAGCUGUGUUUGGAACACGUAAAUGGAGUAGAUGAUAUCAAUUCCCAUACAUCGGAUCACAGUAUCCGUUUCUCCUUUCUUCUCUGCUUCCAAGUUCCUCCGCUCUUCGUAUUUCUUCUCUCUGGUAUCCUAUCCUACGCACGACCCAUGAAAUUUCCUCUCUGCGUGUAGUGAAAUUGUCAUAUACAGCUUCAAAUUAGCAACCCACACGACCGUCGUGAAACUCAAAACCGUCAUCAUCAUUUAUCACGAUCUGAUAACGCCCGGUGAUUAGAAAAUAAAUACGAAAUGUCAAAAUCUGUAGACACCGAUACGGUGAGGAAGCAACCAGUCGAUCGGUACCUGAAGCGUCAGGUUCUCGGAGAGGGUACGUACGGCGUGGUUUACAAGGCCAUCGACACGUUGACGGGGCAAACGGUGGCGAUUAAGAAAAUCCGGUUAGGGAACCAGAAGGAGGGGCUUAAUUUUACUGCGCUUAGAGAGAUAAAGCUGCUUAAGGAGCUUAAGCACCCUAACAUUAUCGAGCUGAUCGAUGCGUUUCCGGACAAGGGGAAUCUUCACCUUGUGUUUGAAUACAUGCAAACGGAUUUGGAAGCGGUUAUUCGUGAUCGGAACAUUUUCCUUUCUCCUGCGGAUAUCAAAUCUUACAUGCUCAUGACUUUGAGAGGAUUGGCGUUUUGUCACAAGAAAUGGGUGUUACAUAGGGAUAUGAAGCCGAAUAAUUUACUGAUAGGAGAUAAGGGUCAGUUAAAAUUAGCGGAUUUCGGUUUGGCACGGAUAUUUGGCAGUCCAGAUCGAAGAUUUACUCACCAGGUCUUUGCUCGAUGGUACAGAGCACCAGAAUUGUUAUUUGGUAGCAGACAAUAUGGUCCUGGGGUGGAUGUCUGGGCUGCGGCUUGCAUAUUUGCUGAACUUCUCCUGCGUAGACCUUUUCUACCGGGUUCUAGUGAUAUCGAUCAACUGGGAAAGAUCUUCCAAGCUCUUGGGACACCUCGACCUUCACAAUGGGCAGACAUGGUUUAUCUUCCUGAAUAUGUAGAAUUUCAAUAUGUUCCUGCACCUCCUCUACGCUCCUUGUUUCCAAUGGCAAGCGAUGAUGCCUUGGAUCUCUUAGCGAAGAUGUUUACUUACGAUCCAAGAGCGAGGAUUUCCAUACAACAAGCAAUGGAGCACAGAUAUUUCUCAUCUGCACCACCACCAACGGAUCCAACCAAACUCCGGAUUCCUGCCUCAAAAGGCGAUCUUUUAGAAUCUAAAGUUUCUGACCUAAAUCAACAAGAAAGUCCCACUGUGUUGUCACCCCCUGGAAAAUUAAGGAGAGUGAUGGGUCCAGAGGCUUUCGACAUAAACCGGAACCAGUCUAUUGAUGAUGCUGAAGAUUAUUAAGCCAUUUUCGAUAGGCAGUUGCAUAUGUCGUGUAGUACAAUUAACACAUAGGGCAGCAAUUUGACAAUCUGGAUCAAAUAUUUAUGUUACUGAAUAAAAUCUGAUUAAUUUUUUGGGAAAAUGCAAUAUGCUAUAUGUUCUUUUA